UCGGUACUUUGGUGCUCAUGGAGGAUGGUGUCGGUGAUUGUGUUUUUGUAGCUUUUUAGUUUCCUAAUCCCUUCCGGUUAUUGCAAUGUAUUAAAAAACCUUCAAAAGGUUCCCAAAAAGUUUUAGUUUAUUAUUUAAUCGUUAUUUAGUGCUAAGUGCAUGAAGAUCUUCCAAUACAACAGAUCACCAAAGUCGCUCUUUCUUUUCCUAUCGUCAUGUCGUUCCAAUCGGAGUUGUUGAGCAAAGAAGACGAGAGUUAUAUAUUAGCACACGUCGAUCUAGACGAUCCUAGUUUAUUUAAUUUAUCCGAUGAAAUAUCUAUCGAUGAUUUUCAGGAGCAAAAAUAUUCGCUGUUACUCCACAACGAACAAACUGUCGCUUUGAAUGGAAAUUAUCAGAAUACCCAUGAUUAUUACCCCGCGGAUUUACCAAAGGAAGCCGAGUCGAUCAAACUCGAAGAUCAAAAAUUAAAUGUCACACAAGGAGAGUUUCAAGGCCCAUAUGAUUUCCAAGUUAUAGUUUGUACGGGAUCGAAGAACCCAUGGGAGUACUCCGCCCAACUGAAUAAGAUUUACACGGACAGGAAAUCCCCGGUUCCCAUAGAUUUUAUCGUUAAGAACAACUCGCCGGAUACCCAGUUGUUCGUACGAGUAACGCCGAUGUUCAAUUCGCCCCAAUACGCCCAAGACUGCGUGUACAGGUGUCCCAAUCACGAAUUUAACGGACCAUCCGAUGAACUGCCAAAGGAAAAGUGCCAUAUCGUCAAGUGCCUUAACAAAAAUACAGAAUAUUACGGUGAUAAAGCUAAAGGUGACAGGCUAAGCUUCGUCAUACCUUUAGCUAGAACUGAUAGAGUUAGAGAACGGUUCGAGUUCUAUUGCUUGAACUCGUGCCCGGCGCCCGGUAUAAAUAGAAAACCCGUAGAAAUCGUUUUUACAUUAGAGGAUAUCCACGGUAAUACGCUGGGUCGUAAAAAUUUGAACGUGAGAAUAUGUUCCUGUCCUAGACGUGACAGAGAGAAGGACGAAAACAUUCCGGCUGCUAAAAGUAGAAAGAGGGGGAUGAUAGUCGCUAAGAAACCAUCCAAGAAAGCUUCUGUUGUUCUGAGCAGAAACUUGCAAGAGUUGACUGUUCCUGUGCUUGGUCCGCAAAUGAGGAAUAACGUUUUGAAAUAUGUGCAUGAUUUAUAUGCUGGUGAGAUCCUGCGUUGCGGAGACGAUAUUGAGAAGCAACAGCCCUACUUGCAGGGGUUGGAAUCGGUGAAAACAAUUAUAGCUAAAUUCAAUGACAACGAAUCGUCUUCGAUUACGCAACUGUCUCAUUUUUAAAUUUUUUUUUGUCUUUAUUUUUCUAUAUUUUUUUAGCGUAGUAUUUAAAUAAUAUUUUUACAAAACCUGUACGUUAAGAGGGAUUUAUCAAUGCUUUAUCGAUUUUUAUACAGAUAACUUGAUUAACCUACCCUUAACUUUUUCUACAUAAUUUUUAAUCAUUCAUAAGCACUUGUUAAUUAUUAAGCAUUCUAUUCGGAAUAAUUUUUCUCGGUAUGAUACAAGUUUUUUUAUUUUUAUCGAGAAAAAUUUAUUUCCUUGGAUAAACAAAAUAUUCGACUUAUUAUUUCAAUAUUUUUCGGUCCUCCUCUAGGAUGCACAGAUCGACAGGAAUAGCUGAGGAUCUCGAGGUUUUUAGCUAUGCACUUCGAUCUGUAUUAGUAUUAAAGAAUUUAUAAUAAGUUCUUUAAAUGACAUGUAGGUUUAUUAGUGUUUCGUUGUUCUACUUAAAUGUUUCAAAACAAAGCUGGUUUGGUGAUAUAAUUGGAAUUGGGUUUUCGUUCCUUUAGUUCAUUCGUGAUAAUUAAAAUGUAAAAUUAUUACUGUGAACCUUACUGAUUGGCUAAUUACUUUAUUUGAAUUUGAAAAUUUACAGUUGCCAGCUAUCAUAGUCUAUAAACUUUGAAUAAUGUUAUACAGGUAGAUGGUAGAGGAAAAAUUGUUAGCAAUAUAGGCUAAUGGUGCAACAAAGACAACUUUCAUUAGUCUCGUUUUAUGGAGAAAAAAAAAUAUUAAUAGAGUAAUAUUUUGGAAUUGCAACAUUCUCGCUCUAACCACUGUUAUAUUAAUAAUCUUUCUUUGUUCAACUCAUAGAAUCGACCAUAUUUUAAACAAAUUAAAUUGUUACAUGAAUAGCUGGCAAGUGCUGUAUACAUACUUAUUUUACACUAUAUGUGCAAUAGUUUUUAAGCUCAAUAUUUUAAGGUAUUUUUGUUAAAACCUAGGAUAGUUUUUAUCUAUAUCGAUUUUAUCGAUACUUUAUAGACUUAGUAUUUUUUUAUUCUUAUUUUUUCAAUAAAUGCAUAUUUAUA